UAGGGAAGAAUCGACAGGAACGCCCUUCGUAUUUCAGCUUUUUGGCUGGUUUUUGAUGCUUAUUCAUACAUUUGUGGCAGAAUUAUAUCUUUAAUACCAUCUUAAAGCCCGAUAUUAGUCUCAUUGAUCAUUUAGUAAUACUUUCUCACUUUAUGACUAAGUUGUGGAUUGAUCGGGAAUGAGGGAAGCAUAGUGUUUCAUCCACUUCCUCAAGGUAUGGACAACAAAAUAUCAGAGCAAGAAUCAGAUGGUUCUGAUACUGAACCAGCGAUUUCUUCGAGUCCCGAACCUCCAGCUGGCCUUCAAUUUAAUGCAAUUAUUCCAUCGAACUUUGGUAACGAAUACGAGAUAGCCUACCCGUACAAAACCGACGACAGACCACAACACGUUAAUAAGAUUCUACCUUCACAUGUAAGACACAAAGCACAGGCUUACGUCAGGCGUUCAACCGUGGGACAUAAAUAUUUACUUCAGAAAAAGCUUAGAGAAGCAGCAAAUGAUUCAGACUGGGCUUCUUUGUGUCAGCUGCUUGAUGCUGGUGUUGAUCCUUCGAGUGCUGACUCUAAAGGUAGAACGGCGUUGCAUUUUGCUGCUACACAAGGAGAUGAAAGUACUGUUAAGGCAUUACUUGGUCACAGAGCAAAUGUCAAUGCUAGGGACUUGAAUGGAAAUACGCCUUUGCAUCUUGCUGCUUGUUCUAAUCACAUCAAGAUUGUCACUCUUCUCCUUCAAGCUGGUACAAACUUAAAUGCUCUCGACUACACAGGGAGAACUCCAUUAGAUGUUGCAAUGUCUCGGCUUAAAAUACUACACAGUGACAAGUUUGUGCGAGGUGCACCGAACAAGUACAGGGAUGAAGUAAAGGAAAUAACUGACAUGUUGAAAGAAUAUAUGAACCUAACUGGGCUGAAAGAUGAAGAGAAAGAACUUGAUAAUCUGUGUAAAAAAUUGGAUUCAACAAUAACCAUUGAAGAAGUUGAUGAAGUUCAUGAAUUGCUAUCAAGCCUCACAACAUUAAGUCUAUCAAAAGAUAACAAUUAAUAAUAUCCAAAAUUAGAAAAUGACAUUAAAAUUGGUGUCUGCUUCCAAGGGAGAAGGCAUGACAUCUUAAACUAUCGUAAUGUUUCACUCAGAACACCAAAAGUUUUAUCCUUUAGUAUGCUUCUUUCAGAAAAUAAUAACUACAGCACAUUUCAUAUUUUUGCCUAACAGACUCCAUACCUCUGGCAUUUUGGCCUCAGUCAAUCAAAUUUAUGACAGGCCAAGUCCUAUCCUAUUCAUUCCAAUCGUGAGUGAUAAAUAUUCCCUUGACUUAAAAGCCAUUUUUCAAUUGGAAAUAGGCUGUCGAGUCAUGAGAAUAUUUAUCACUCACAAUCAGGAUCGAUCGUCAUGAAUUUGUUUGAUUUGAGACCAAAACAGCCAAACGUCUGGAGUCGGUUGGGUCACAGAAACAUAAAACAGACUAAAAAAUAAAAAGGAUUAGGUUUUAAAACUCUCAAAAUCUCAAUCAAAUAAUCGCUAAUUAUUUUGGAAAAUAAACCUUUUUCUAGAGUCGAAA